AUGCAUCUGAUAAUGAAGACGACAAUCCAGAAGACGGUCGAAAAAUCUCCGUCUGCAAGCACUGCUGAGUACUACGAUGCCCUCAAAGCAAAGGCGCAGGCCAACUUUCCUAGCCGCGCAAAGGCUAUCGCCAAGCUAAUUGGAGGCCAAAAGUACGGAUUGGUAAUUCAAGCUGGAUCCGAUGACGAAGAUGACACUCCAGAAGACAACCGACCAAUUGUUCAUCUGCCAGGUCCUGGCGACAAAAGUCUCGACGUUCGGCGAAACGUGCAGAAGAGGCCGGAAGCUGCAUCCUCACGUGCUGGUUCGGUGAAGCAAGAAGUGGUGCCGGAUGCUGUUCCACCACGAUCCAAAGAGAAAUCGACUCACCGAACCCUGGCCGAUACUCAACCCGGAGUUAAACAAGAGCCACUUGAUGUCGAAAAUUAUUCAUUUGAUUUUCAUGCCGGAAUCGAGGGAAGUGAGGCGGAUGUUCAUGCUCAUGCUGAUGCUCAUGCUCCAAUCCGCCACCACAACGAGCAAAAUGUCUGGAUUGGUGACAAAGACCAAUCAUCCUCGCCUACCCUUCAUCCAAUCGUUGUCAAAGAAGAACUUCUAGAUGGAAAUCCAACUGAAGAGCCGAGAAGGAUCGAUAAGAAGAAGAAGAAGAAGGUGAAAAGAGGCCAGGAGGACUGGGCAGCCGAGCCCGUGCCCCAAAUCGACACUGACCACAGCAUCGACAAGCGCGUCGAAGAGACCAUUAUGAAAAUGAAGCUGGGAGGUGCGAAGAUCGGUGCGGACUGGGCCAGAAUGCGCGCUGGAAUGAGGGAGACGAAAUCUGACGUGGCUCGCAUGCAAAUCAACAUGACACUCCUGGAAACCCUCUCGGAAAAGCGGAAUGCCGAAAAUCGCCGUCUGAAGCAGCAGAAUGACCAGCAAGCCGCCCAGCUGAAUAUGCUAAUGGAAGAAGUGACGGCGCUGCGGGAGCGGAUCCGGAAUGGC